CCUUUUAAUUUCUUUUUCACUUAAGAAAGUUGUUUUACACUUUAGAUGUUAGAGAAGAAAGGAGGUAAAGGGUGUAAAAUAGAAAAUGUUCUCUCGCCCCACAGAUAGAUGGUAACAUGGAUCUCCUCUUGCUCUCUCCCCCCCCCCCCACAGCACUUUUUAAAAAAAAAGCUUUGGCUGCGAACUCGAUUUAAAGGAACAUAUGGCAUUAAAAGGAGCACAGCUGGAGGUAGCAUUUACAUUGCCCGUGAUGUCAGAGCAGCUGACUCUCCCUCCAGCUUGUUCCUGUAGUUAGUGAAUGUUAGCGCUCUCUCUCUUUCGCUUGCCUUUUCUGCUUUGGGGCACCUUCUUCAGGCUCCAUUUCGGAUUUCCAACCUGUUUCCAUCGUGGGUGUCCGAAGGAGAGGGGGGAAAAAAAAGAACAAAACCAGUUUCUUUCAGAACAUUGAGAGCUAUUGAGUGAGGAGGUUAUGAAGGAAGAAUGGAGUUUCCAGACCAUAGCCGGCAGUUACUGCAGUGUCUGAGUCAGCAGCGUAACCAGGAUUUUCUCUGUGAUUGUACUGUUCUAGUUGGAGACGUUCAGUUUAGAGCCCAUCGUGCAGUGCUUGCUUCAUGCAGCAUGUACUUUCAUCUAUUCUACAGGGACCAGCUGGACAAAAGAGACAUUGUGCAUUUAAACAGUGACAUUGUCACAGCUCCUGCCUUUGGUCUGCUUCUCGAAUUUAUGUAUGAAGGAAAACUUCAGUUUAAUAGCCUGCCAGUUGAAGAUGUGUUAGCUGCAGCCAGCUACCUUCAUAUGUACAACAUUGUGAAAGUUUGUAAGGGGAAAUUGAAAGAUAAAGAAUUUUAUGUAGGUGAAAAAAUGAAUGGUAAUGCACUUGGACUGGUGAAAGAAGAGAAUUCUUCAGAAAAUGAUGAACUGAUACCACAUAAUUUUGAUGCACAAAGCAAGCAAAAUUGUACUACUGUGGAUUAUAAAAAUCCCAUGGGCAGUAAAAAGAUUAAUGGACACUCUAGGAGAUUGUCUGAUCUUGUAGGUAUCACUUCUGUAUCUACAGAUCUUGAGUUAUGCAAUGCAACACCUGAAAAAACAAAGUCCACUGUUAAUAGUUCCACAGGACAUGUGCCUCAAAGAACUGCUGACCAUAUCAAGGCCUCUGCUGAUGUGGACUGUGCUCUAGAUCUGUCUUUCAAGCCUGUGUCUGGAAGAGAUUUAUUUUACUCCCCCUGUGUUUCUGGACAGCUGGCCUCCGACAGGCAGCAGCAGGGCACUAUGCCACUUGCUAGAGAUGAGCAAGAGUUGCUGUCAGACCAGGAGGACAGUGAAGAAGUGGAUCUGGCAAGUCAGAAUGGGAAUUCUGCCAAUGGUGUGAUCACAGGAUUUGGACCUGUAUUCCUAGGGAAUGAUAUGGCACAUAAUAACGGAAUAGAACAAGGGAGUGAGGAUGAAAUGCCAUCAUCUGAUAUUUCAAACACAAGGAUGGUGAUGUCAACAGGACACAUUUUUAUUUGUCCCCUCUGCAGCAAAGGCUUCCCAAGUCCACAUGUUCUUCAGCUUCAUUUGAGUGCUCACUUCAGGGAAAAAGAUGGUCCUCGGGCCAAAAUGCCUACUGAUGGUUCCAUGCCUACUUGCUCGCAAUGUGGGAAAACCUUUUCCUGCAUGUACACACUGAAGAGGCAUGAACGAACUCACUCGGGUGAGAAGCCUUACACCUGUGGUCAGUGUGGAAAGAGCUUCCAGUACUCUCAUAAUCUUAGCCGUCAUGCAGUUGUGCACACCAGAGAAAAGCCACAUGCUUGCAAGUGGUGUGAAAGACGAUUUACACAGUCAGGUGACCUGUACAGGCACAUGCGCAAGUUCCACUGUGGUCUUGUCAAGAGCAUUGCAAUCAGAUAAUGCUACAAAGGCUAGCAGUAAAUCUUGAUAUCCUAUUUAAAACUGAUGUGCAUCUCUGGAAAACUUGCAUGGUUUCAGUUAAAUUACAAAACAACAGUUCCACUGCAUGGCUUUCCUGCAUUAAGUGUGAAAGAACAUUGCUUUCAAUAUUCUAUAGGUAAACAUUAAAGCUGCAGUACUUAAUAGGAAACAUUUUUUCAAUAUUCUGUUAGUUUUGUUUAAUGUUGAAUUAUCAUGUUAAAAUGAUGUCAUAUUUUCCCAAAAAUGAAAAUUUCAGGAGCUUUGGUCACUAAAGUUGUAUUAGUUUUCAUCUUCCCCUUAGAUCUUAAUGCGUAUAAAUAUACACCAUUCUGGGAUAAGUAUGUAUUAAGGGUAGAGUUUGUCUUUUUCUAUCAUUAAUAUGGUAACCAUAUUUAAAAAUCAAGAAUUCAAUCCACUUUUGAGCAAUACUUUGUUUUACAGACUAUUGUCAAGUAAAUACCCUUGCAUAAUAAAGCGAUACUGGCAAUUGUUGAAUGGCUAAGCAUGAUCUGUUAAUACCUAAGCAAAUUUUUUCAGAACUUUUCCUGAAAUAUUUUAUGGUACAAUUACACUGGCAUUAUGAUAUUUCACUUGGCAACAUCACCAAAUACCAUUCCAAAUGAGGUAAAUUAAUUGUGAUGUUUUGCUAUACAGUACUGCAGUUUUUAAUCUGUGAAUUUUGGACACUGGUCUUACAACCUGGACAAAUUCAAUUAUAAAGUGUUGCAUUUUGUUGUUUGCUGUGAUUGGAAUAUAGCACUAAGAACAACUACUAAAUGUUAUUGCAUUCUCCUGAUGAAACUUGAUACUGUAUUUAUAGCAUUUUGAUGGUUUGGUAUGCAGUGGUUAUUUUGUUUAAUGUUCUAUUUAGAAAAGUAAAUUAUAAAAUAUUUUUGGAACUUUAGUUUUCUUCAAAUGUAGUGGUCUUUCUAAAUUAUCAAUGCAGCAUAUGGGCAAUGUUAUGAAAAUUGAGUUCUGUGCCUGAUUAAAAGAUUCAUAUAAUAGCAAUUACUACUGAUUUUUUAAAAAAUCGUCUUUGUUUAACCACAUAAAUCUUGUUUUUGUGAAAUCUGGUAUCACUAUUAUUUUUAAAAAUAAGUUUCCUGAUCAUUAUUGGGGAUUACUGAACCAUACCAGAACAGCUACAAAAUUGUUUUGAAAAGGUAAAAUGUGAAUUCAGUUUUUUUAAUUUGAAGAACAAAAAGUAUAUAAUGUAUAUUUUAAAAUUGUAUUGCACACUUGAAAAUGUUUUGCACUCUGUUUUAUUUGAUUUUAAAUUCAAUUUACCAUUACUGCUUAAGAGAAAAGAUUUUUUUAAAAACUGGAUACUUAACCUAAAAUAUCAACAGGUCAAACAGGUAAAAUACAUCAUAGUUUUGUAUAAUCAAAAUUUAUUUAUAGUUUUUUUUGUGAUCUUUUCAGAGUUGUGUGUAUUAUUUGUAUCCUUGAAAUUUAUUAAUGGAGAGUUUUUUUUUAGUAAUAAUGUAGCAGAGGCAUUGGAGACAUUUUUUACAGAACUUAUAUUGCAUUUUUAAUAGGAAUUACAUCCUUGUUUCUUUAAAUUUUAACAUUUUAGUGUGGACUUUGGUGGACAAUCGGAAAAUGAAGGGUUUUUAUAUUAUUGAUUAAACCUGUUAGCGCUUAUUCAGCAAGAUGUCGACAAUUGUUUUUAUUUUGCCACUGUUUCAGUGUGUUGUAAGACUGUGACAAUCGUGACUAGACUUAUUUUUGUGUGUUUUUAGUUUUAACACUUUAAAAAAAACUUUGUAUAUUAAGAUUUCUAAUUUUGUGUGCUUACAUUUUUGUUCAAUGCAAAGUCUAAAUGCCUGUAUAUUUUGUGAAGACGUGCCUUCAUAUAUUACCUCAUUCAAUGGAUUGAAUAAUCAGUGCACGGUUGCAUUCUGUUUAGAAAAUUGAACAACUUAUUAAAGAACUGACAUUUACUUGUGUGUUUUUUUAACUUUAAAUUAUGAAUAUAAGAUGACCAUAAUUAAUUUGAAUGUUACAAAUUUGAGAACCACCAUAGUGCAUUUAUGGCCUUUUUUUAAAUUUUAAUCUAUCAGUGCUUUGCUGGAAGAGUGGUUCUGAUAAAUUCCUUUUUGAGAGUCAAUUUCUAAAAUGUCUUUCUAUGGUGCCUAUUUCAUCACAAAUGUCCUUUUCAUUGUUCUCCAUGUAAUAUUUCAGCAACACUUAAUGUAGCAUUCUAGUAGUAUGUUCAGUGGCAAUGCAUCUGUUUAUACAAUGCCCAGUUAAUAGAUUGCUGAGUCUGCAUUCAUUUUAAAAGCUCCCUUAAUCAUUCAUUUACUUUCACAGUGAAUAAUACUAGUUGACUGUCAAGUCUUUGUUACAAAAAAAAUUACAAGAUUCCCUUUAUCAUGUCUUGUAAGGGGUUUGAUUCUGUAUAUAACAAGGGGGUCCUUCCAACAGAAGAUCUAUAAAAGGUUGCACUAACAAUGUUUCCAGAAUAUAAUGAAAUAUUUACAUCAGGUUGUAAUAUAUUGGUUGAUAUCAGCACAUGGAUCUGCUUUCUUGUCUCUGCCAGGAAGGUUUAAUGACUUUUUAGUAGACAAAAUAAUUUUGUAUGUCUAGUAAAUGC